AUCGAACAGCCGCAGGAUGCUCGUUAGCCAUAGCUCCCUGGAGCAACCCAGUCCGAGGGCAAUGGAGAAGGGCAACAAUGGCGAAAAUCCGGAGUCGGGCAGCGUGUCAAAUACAGCCGGACAGCAGUUACGCAAGAUCCGCCAAGGGUCGAGGGGACCGCGAAGCACCAAAUUUGGCAUUGAGCGCAAUCUGAAUAUGAAAACGGGUGCCUCGCUCAUACCCGAUCUGAAUCUGGUCAUCAAUCGCAUGCGCAGCAAAAAGGACGACAGCUAUGUGUAUCUGGACUAUAUGCUGCCCAAGGAUAGCGAAUACUUUACGCCCUACAGCCUGCGCGAGGUGAACUUUGAGAAUCUGAACACGAUUAAGCCAUACUAUACAAUAACACGGCACGGCGUCACCUAUUGGCGAGUUUCCGAGCACUUCUUCACACCGCUCAAUCAGUGGCAGCAGGAGUUUCAGCAGUUCCUCAGCAUUAUACAGAUACGCAGCUUUGCCAUCUUUCGCCUGUGGAAGGGCUUCAAGGUGUGGGAGAAGACGAUCAAGUGGCGCAAACUGAGCAUUGCCCGCAACUUUCUGCAGAACAAUCUGUUAAUCGCCAUACCCCAAUUAGCCAAGGCCAUUCUGCGUAUGCGCUCCGAUGUUGUUGUACUGGAGCGCCUCAGUUUUGCCAACAUUGAGAAUAUCGAGGAAUGGCAUCCGUUCUACUUUCUGGAGCUUCACAUGCGCAUCUACGAGCAGCUCAAUCAUCUCUUUCAGGACUUUCGCGCCUUCGUCGGCAAAACGCUAUAUCGCGCAUGCACGGAUGCUAUCAUGGCGCGUGGCUUCUAUCCGGACGAUGAGAUCAAUUAUUAUCCCUCGAUCAAAAAAAUGCGAGAGGCACACAGCUUCAUGGAUCGGGCUCGUAAGCGUUCUUUCUGCAAGACCCUAACCAACUUUCUCACUUAUUGCGACCUGAUGUUGUAUCAGACGCUCUAUCGCGUAACCAUUCAGAGUUACGAGGAUCUGCAUCAUGCAUUCAAUGAGCACCACCUGGUGGGGCCAACCGCAGCCGAAAUCAUGCGACACGAGCGUUUGGAUACGAAAAUUGAGAAGACGCGUCCGCCAAGCGCACCGCAGACUCCAUUUUUCCUCGCCCAGCUGCGUCUGCUGCCCGACCGCAUCGAGGUGGAGCCACAGGAGGAUAUACUUAAGCUGAUAUUUCAACGUAUAACGGGAUUGAUAUUGAAAACGGUGCUGAGUAUACCACCCUUUACCAAUGAUGCGGAAUUCAAGCAGUAUACGGCGCCGUCGAUAAUGGGACGACAGGAGGAGUGUCUGUAUGAAAGUGCGCCAGAGCUGACCUCAUUAUUGAAACAAGAUGAGAAAUUCAACUUCCAUCGGCGAAAUAUAUUCAUACUGAUGCACACGGCCUACGAGAUGGCACGUCUUUAUACCGCACGCUUUCAAUCCAUACGAAAGAACUAUGAGAUUGAUGCCGCCACAAAUCCAGAAGAAAUCAGUAGCGAGCGGGAUCUCACAGCGUUGCGCAACUAUUGCGAUCGGUAUUGCAACAAUUUGAGAGCAUUGGAUGGUAUUCUAGAUCACGUCUUUUUGGGUCUAUUGAAAUUGGGCCAGAGUGGUUUUAAGGAUGCGGUUACGCCCGUCUGCCAACGACUACAAAACGUCCUGGCCAUCUAUUUGCCCAAACUGGCCGAGGAAGAGACAACAAAACUGUACGAGGAUACCCAGGAUUUCUAUGGCCGUAUCGGCUAUGAGCCGCAGGCGACACUUCAAAUAGUCGAUCACAUUCGCUUCCUGGACCACUGUCACGAAGAGCUGAAUGAGCUAUUUUUAGUUAUCGAUUAUAUACACGACCUGUUGCUGAUCAUCAAAGACUUUGAAAUACCCAUUGAUGAUCAACGCAAAGAGGACUACAUGGACACGGAGGAUUAUAUGAAUCGGACCAAGGAUACGCUGGCCGAGAUACUGGAGAAACGGCAGGACUUCAUCAAUCAGCUGGAGGAGGUUAUGCAAGACGACAUCAACGCCCUCAAGGAAGACAUACAUGAAGUGGCCAUCGAGGUCGUCGAAGAAUGGCUGCUCAUGAGCACGUCGAAUCGCACAACGGUAAACGAUAAACUGGACGAUCUCCUAGCCCGGAUGACAGCUUGUCGUGAGAGGGCAGACGAGCUGCUUGGCUAUCAGAAGGAAUUCCGCAUUGAUAUGACCAUGUAUGAAGAGAUGGACACCGGCUUCUAUGAUAUACGAAUGCGACAAAAUUUGUACAAGACGCUCAUCGACUGGGAGGAGUCGUUAUCUAGUUGGUUGUCGUCCGAUUUUAAUAGCCUCGUCGUCGCGGCAUUAAUUGAACUAAAUUCAAAGACUAUCAAGAACUGUAUGCAGUUCCAAAAGUAUCUGCCACCCAACGAUAUUGUGCCAGUGUUACAAAAGUCCGCCGAGGAUUUCAAGGAGAAACUGCCAGUUAUUGGCUACCUCCGCAAUCCCAAUUUGCGUGCGCGCCAUUGGACGGAAAUCGAGGAUCUGCUGUUGCGGAAAUUCUUCCAGGAGCCCAACAUCAGGAUUGCCACCUAUGAGGAGGUGCACGCAUUCGAUGAUCCGCACAAUGCUGAGGCCCUCAUGCAAAUCUCGUCACAGGCAACGGGUGAAACGCAGCUGGAGAACAUGCUUAAGAAUAUCGAGAAUGUAUGGAAGGAGACGGAGCUUUUCAUUGUACCGCAUCAUGAUCAAAAGGAUGUCUUCAUCCUCGCAGGCACCGAUGAGCUGCAAACGGUCCUAGAUGAUGCCAAUGUGAACAUAAAUACAAUAGCUGCAUCCAAAUUUGUGGGUCCCAUCAAGGGACGCGUGGAUGAGUGGAUAGGACUAUUAGAUCAAUUUGGUCGAACCUUUGAGGCUUGGUUGGACUGCCAGGGCUCUUGGGUCUACUUGGAGGCAAUCUUUGCCUCGGCCGACAUACAGCGCCAGCUGCCCAAUGAGGCCAAGAUGUUCAACCAGGUGGACAAGAACUUCAAAGACAUUGUGCGCCAGGCCAAAAAGGUGGCUCUGGCCCUGCCCACCAUGUCCAGCGUAGAAAUAUACGAUAUGCUCAUGGAGGACAAUCGCCUACUAGACGCUAUUUCCCGCGGCCUCGAAGCCUAUCUAGAAGUGAAGCGCGUCGUCUUUCCCAGAUUCUACUUUCUGUCCAACGACGAGCUGCUCGAGAUUCUCGCCCAGACGCGCAUACCUCAAGCAGUGCAGCCGCAUUUGCGCAAAUGUUUCGAUGCCAUUUAUCGCCUGGAGUUUGGGCAGAAGGAUGGCGGCGAUGGUAAGAUGAUACCGACGAAUGAUAUCGUUGCAUUCUUAUCGCCCGAGGGUGAGAAGCUGCAGUUUGGCAAGGGCCUGAAGGCGCGCGGGGCCGUCGAAGAGUGGCUCAGCAAGGUGGAGGAAUCGAUGUUUGUCACCGUCAAACGAUGCAUGCGCUUCGGGUAUCAGUGCUAUGCGGCCAAGGAGCGUGACGAAUGGUUCCAGGAUCAUCCCAAUCAGGUGGUGCUCACAGUAUCCCAGGUGCAAUGGGCGACCGACAUUCAUCGCAUAUUCGAAGGAAAGGACAGGACUCCCACUAGCAUCAUUGAAAAAAUGUCAAAAUUUGAGCUGAAAUGCCUCCAGGAUCUAGGUGCACUGGCGACACUCACGCGCAAAAGCAUUACAUCGCUGUUACGAAAGAUCCUCUGUGCGCUAAUCACCAUCGAUGUGCACGCCAAGGACUCGGUCCGUAUGCUCAUCGAAAAGGGUGUCUACCAAACGAACGACUUCAACUGGCUGAAGAUGCUGCGUUUUUAUUGGGCCAUCGAAACGGAGACGGUCUUCUCGCGCAUGGCCGCUGCUAAUAUACCGUAUUAUUAUGAGUAUCUGGGCGCUGGCGGUGUCCUGGUUCUUACCCCGCUCACAGAUCGCUGUUAUCUGUGUCUUAUGGGCGCCUUUCAGAUGGACUUGGGUGGCGCACCCGCCGGUCCCGCUGGUACGGGCAAAACGGAGACCACCAAAGAUUUGGCCAAAGCCCUGGCCAAACAGUGCGUGGUCUUCAACUGCUCCGAUGGCCUCGACUACAAGAUGAUGGGACGCUUCUUCUCUGGCCUGGCGCAGUGCGGCGCGUGGUGCUGCUUUGACGAGUUCAAUCGUAUCGACAUUGAGGUGCUGUCUGUAAUCGCCCAGCAGUUGAUCACCAUACGGACCGCCAAGGCCAUGAAAGUCAAGCGCUUCAUGUUUGAGGGUCGCGAAAUCAAAAUAAAUCAUUCGUGCUGUGUGUAUAUUACCAUGAAUCCGGGCUAUGCCGGCCGCACAGAACUGCCCGACAAUUUGAAGGCACUGUUCCGACCCAUCUCGAUGAUGGUGCCCGACUAUGCGCUCAUCUCCGAGGUCAUCCUUUACUCGGAGGGCUUUGAGGAUCCCAAGAUUCUGGCGCGCAAAAUGGUGCAAAUGUACCAGCUCUGCAGCCAGCAGCUCAGCCAACAGAAUCAUUAUGAUUUUGGAAUGCGAGCCGUCAAAUCUGUCCUGGUCAUGGCCGGCGCCCUCAAGCGAGCCGCGCCCAAUCAGCGGGAGGAUAUCACAUUGAUUGCGGCGCUACGUGACUCGAAUAUACCCAAGUUUUUGGCUGACGAUUCGACACUGUUCCGUGGCAUACUCAGCGAUCUGUUCCCAGGUGUCGAGCUGCCCGAUUCACAGCAUCCCCAACUGGAGGAGAGUCUCCGCAUCGGUCUGCGGCUAAAGAACCUUCAGCCAGUAGCCACCACAAUACGCAAGUGCCUUCAGCUCUACGAGACAAUGUGCGUCCGCUGGGGCGUCAUGACGGUGGGGCCGACAGGUGGCGGAAAAUCGGUGGUGCUGCAUGCCCUAGAAUUUGCCCUCUCCCAUCUAUUCGAGAACGAGGUAAUGGAUCCCAACUUUCGUCCCGUUGUCAUACAAACGAUGAAUCCCAAAGCGGUUAGCAUGAACGAGCUGUACGGCUAUGUGGACCCCAAGACCCUGGAGUGGCAGGAUGGCCUGCUGGGUCUGGCAGUGCGCGCAGCCACAAAUGUAGAGGAUGAGAUCCAUCAGUGGAUCAUGUGCGAUGGCCCCGUUGACGCUGUGUGGAUCGAGAACUUGAACACUGUGCUGGACGACAAUAAGAUGCUGUGUCUGGCCAACUCGGAGCGCAUCAAGCUGACCGCCUGGAUACAUAUGCUGUUCGAGGUGCAGGAUCUGCUGCAGGCAUCGCCAGCAACAGUUUCCCGCUGCGGCAUGGUAUACGUCGAUCCCGGAGAUCUGGGCUGGUUACCACUCGUCGACACGUGGCGCGAGAUAGACAUGAGCAAGAAGCUGAGCUCGUCCCUGGCUGAGUUCCUCUACCAGCUCUUCAUCGGCUACUUUGAUAAGGCGCUGAAGAUUGAACGCAAACGCGCCUCCUUCACCAUACAUCAGGUGCUCGGCUCCAAGGUGCGUUUGUGCUGCGCACUGAUCUCGUCCCAGCUAGAGGGCGUACCCUGGAACACGCUGGACGAGGAGCCGGCCAAGAAUCUAAUAACUAAAAUCUUUACGUGGUGUGUCCUCUGGGCGAUUGCAUCCAAUUUAAAGGAUGCCGAAAAGAUGUCAUUUGAGGACUUGUGGGGCAGGACAAUGGCCGUGCAUCCCAAUAUGGACUUGCCGAAUCGCACCCUGUGGAACUAUCGCGUCGACCUUGAGACCAAAGAUUGGGGCAGCUGGAAUGAUAUAAUGUCCAAGUUUGUCUUCAACUCUGAUAUAUCCUACUACGAUAUGCAAGUGCCCACUGUGGAUACCACCAAAUACGGAUAUGUUGCAGAUCUGCUAUUCAAACGCGACUUUCCGGUCAUGUUCACGGGAGAGACAGGCGUGGGCAAAACUGUGCUGGCCAUCAGCUGCAUGAAGCGUUUGUCCGAGGGCAAUGUGAUCCCCGUGGUGCUCAACUUUUCGGCCCAAACGAGCAGCUUGCGCACGCAGGAGAUGAUCGAGGGACCGCUGGAGAAGCGCAAGAAGACACAAUUGGGCGCACCGGUGGGCAAGACCGUUAUCAUAUUCAUCGAUGACGUCAACAUGCCCAAACUGGACACCUAUGGCAGCCAGCCAGCGAUCGAGCUGCUCAGGCAGUACCUGGACUUUAAGGGCUUCUACGACCGCGAGAAGAUGUUCUGGAAGGAUAUACUAGAUGUGGUGCUGGGCUGUGCCUGUGCACCGCCAGGCGGUGGUCGCAAUUUGCUAACGCCACGUUUUGUGCGUCACUUUGCGCUCUUCUCGCUGCCCAAACCCAAUGAGGAGACGCUCACACAGAUCUUUAAUGGCAUCCUUUUGGGCUUUCUGAGUACGUUCUCCUCGGCGAUCCGAGCUCUAUCGGAGCCGAUGGUGCACGCCUGCGUGGAUGUCUAUAUGCGUGUGGCAAAUGUGAUGCUGCCCACACCGGAUCGCUCCCAUUACAUAUUCAAUUUGCGCGAUCUGUCCAAGUGCAUACAGGGCAUCCUGCAGGCGAACAACAUGUACUACCAUGCGGAGAGUCAAAUCUUGCGAUUAUUUUAUCAUGAGACGACGCGCGUCUUUCAUGAUCGUCUGAUCAAUCUGGAGGACAAGACGAUCUUUCGUGGGCUGAUGGAUGAUGUGUGCAAACAUCAUUUCAAUCGCGAAGUCGUCUCGCUCACAGAGCCGGCCAUACUCUUUGGCGAUUUCAUGGUGUUUGGCAAACCGAAGAACGAGCGUGUCUACGAUGAGAUCAAGGAUCAUGGCAAGCUCGAAAGCGUGCUCAACGAUUAUAUAAUUGACUACAACUCGAUGGGCGGCGCCAAGUUCAUGAAAUUGAUACUCUUCCAGGAUGCCAUGGAGCAUACGGUGCGACUGGCCCGCCUUCUGCGCAGCGAUCGUGGCAAUGGUCUUCUAGUGGGCGUGGCCGGCAUGGGCAAACAAUCGUUGACGCGCCUGGCCUCCCAUGUCAACGAAUACAAUUGCUGGCAGAUUGAGAUGAGACGCAACUAUGACUUAAACGCAUUCCACGAAGAUCUGCGUGUCCUCUACCGCAUCGGCGGGGUUGAUAACCAGCCCGUUACAUUUCUUCUGAUCGACAGCCAGAUCGUGGAGGAGGAAUUCCUUGAGGAUAUUAACAAUAUACUAAACUCGGGUGAGGUCCCCAAUCUAUUUGAGGGCGAUGACUACGAGAAGGUCAUACUGGACUGUCGAGAUGCGUGCACUGCUUCCAAAAAGGAUGAGAGCUGCCAACGCGAUGAGAUCUACAAGUUCUUCAUCAAUCGUGUGAGGAACAAUCUGCACGUGGUCAUAUCGAUGAGUCCGGUGGGCGAUGCCUUUCGACGACGUUGUCGCAUGUUUCCAUCGCUGGUUAAUUGCACCACGAUUGAUUGGUUUACCAGUUGGCCAACUGAAGCGCUAUAUUCGGUGGCUCUGGGACUGCUCACAAAGAUCGCACCCAACAUGGAUCAACGUGUAGCGCUGGCCAGCACCACGGUCUUUAUGCACAAGACUGUGGAGGAUGCCUCUAUGCGUUUCUACAAGGAGAUGAAGCGACAUUAUUACACAACGCCCAGCAGCUACCUGGAGCUGUUGAAGCUCUACCAGAGCCUGCUCAAGCUCAAAACGCAGGAAAUCAUUGCCAAGCGAAAGCGCAUUGCCAGCGGCCUCAACAAACUCCUUGAGACCAACGAAGUGAUAGCAGUCAUGCAAAAAGAACUGGAGGUAAUGGUGCCGCAGCUGGAUGAGAAAUCGGCCAUGAUGAAGUCUCUCGUGGAUAAUUUGACCAAGGAAACCAAACAGGCGGACGCCGUCAAGCAGGGCGUCAUGGAGGAUGAAGCCAAUGCGAAGGAGAAAGCAGCCAUUGCCCAGGCCAUAUCUGAGGAUGCCAGCAAGGACUUGGAGACAGCAAUGCCAGCACUGCGCGACUCCGAGGAGGCACUCAAGGGCUUGACCAAAGCCGACAUCAAUGAGCUGAAAUCAUUUACCACACCGCCAGCCCUGGUGCAGUUCUGCAUGGAAGCCGUUUGCAUUCUACUGGGUGCCAAGCCCACCUGGGCCUCAGCCAAGGCCAUUAUGGCGGACAUUAACUUUAUCAAGCGGCUUUUCGAGUACGACAAGGAGCACAUGAAGGACGAUGUCGUCAAGAAGGUCAGAAAGUACAUAGAUCACAAGGACUUUGUGCCCGCUAAAUUCGAGAAGGUGUCGAAAGUGGCGAAAUCGGUGAGCAUGUGGGUAAUCGCCAUGGACAGCUUCAACAAGGUGUACAAAGUGGUCGAGCCAAAGAUCAAGCGCAAGGAAGCCGCCGAAGCAGAGCUCAAGGAUGUGAUGCGAGUCUUGCGACAAAAGCAAAAGGAGCUCGCCGCCGUCGAGGCAAAGAUCCAAUCACUGCGCGACAGCCUCGAGGAGAAGCAACGCGAAUUCCAACUCAUCCAGGACAAUGUGGACUUAACGUAUGGACGCAUCAAUCGUGCCGGUCGCCUGACCUCCGCCCUGGCCGAUGAACAGGUGCGCUGGCGCGAGACGGUGAAAUCGCUAACGGCCGAUCUGGGAUGUGUGCCCGGCGAUGUGCUGGUUGCAGCCGCCUGCGUCGCCUAUCUGGGUGCCUUCUCCAAUCAGUAUCGUCGCGACAUGAGCCAGCUGUGGGUGGAGAAGUGCCGGGAGUAUAGCAUUGCCUCCAGCAAGGAGUUCAAUUUGCUCAAGGUGCUGGGUGAUCCAUACGAGAUGCGACAAUGGAAUGUCGAUGGUCUGCCCAAGGAUAACAUAUCGAUUGAGAAUGGCAUUUAUGCGACACGUGCCUUGCGCUGGGCGCUCAUGAUUGAUCCGCAGGAGCAGGCCAAUCGCUGGAUACGCAACAUGGAGCAGGCCAACAAUCUGCAGGUCAUAAAAAUGACAGACUCGCAUAUGAUGCGCAUCCUCGAGAACAGUGUGCGCCAGGGUUAUCCGGUGCUGCUCGAGGAGCUUGACGAGACCAUCGAUCCAGCGUUACGUCCCAUUCUCCAGCGCGAGACGUACAAGUUCGAGGGACGCACCUAUCUCAAGCUCGGCGAUAUGGUUAUUGACUACGAUGACAAUUUUAAGCUGUACAUGACCACCAAGCUGCCCAAUCCGCAUUAUCUGCCCGAGGUGUGCAUCAAUGUAACGCUGGUCAACUUUCUCGUCACUGAGAGUGGUCUGGAGGAUCAGCUGUUGGCCGACAUUGUGGCCAUUGAGCUGCCGGCAAUGGAGGCGCAACGCAAUGAUCUGGUUGUCAAGAUCAAUGCGGAUAAGCAACAGCUGUUGGCGCUGGAAGAUAAGGUACUCAAGCUGCUCUUCAACUCCGAGGGCAAUAUACUGGACGAUGAGGAACUAGUGGAAACACUCAACGAUGCAAAGGAAACAUCGUUGAUUAUUGCCGCACGUCUUAUUGAUACGGAGGAAACGGAGAAGGUUAUUACCGCCUCACGGGAGCGUUAUCGCAUCCUAUCGUCACGUGGCGCCAUUCUGUACUUUGUGGUCGCUGGACUCGCUGAGAUCGAUCCCAUGUAUCAAUACAGUCUCAAGUACUUCACUCAGAUCUUUUGCAAUGUGCUGCGCAACGAUCAUCCUGUGAUGACCGUUGAGAGGCGCAUCUCCACGCUGAUGGUGGAUGAGCUGAAGGCCGUUUAUGAUAAUAUAUCGCGUGGCCUGUUUGAGAAUCACAAGCUGAUCUUUAGCUUUCUGCUGGCACUGUCUGUGGAGCGUCAGGAGGGUCGCGUUACCGAAGACGAAUUUGGUUUCCUUACCCGCGGUCCCUUGGGAACCAUUCGCUCCAAGAACCAGCCGCCGGGCGUCAAGCUCAGUCAAGCUGAAUGGGAGGCGGCCAUUUAUAUGGAAGACACAUUCAAGGACAGUUUCGCUGGAUUUACCAACGAGCUGCACAAACCAUUCUUCCUACAACUGCAGGACAACAAGGAAGUGUUUGACUUUGCUAACACCAACGAGGAGCCCACGGAAAAGUGGAACAAACGACUGCACGUCUUCCACAAGCUCAUGUUCAUCGGCAUAUUCCGGAAGCCGCGUUUCCUACUUAACGUAGUCAGCUAUCUACAUGCUACGGUGGGCAAGUACUUCACAGAGGUAUCCGCCUCCGGCACACAGCUGGGCACAGUCUUUCUGGACACAUCGGCCGUGACACCGCUCAUCUUUGUGCUGUCCACCGGAUCGGAUCCGAUGUCCGGCUUCCUAAAGUUCACCAAUGAAAUGAAGUACACGGAUAAGUAUUAUUCGAUAUCCUUGGGUCAGGGCCAGGGACCGCUCGCUGAGAGUCUGAUCGAUAAGAGUUUGCGCAUGGGGCACUGGGUUUUUCUGCAGAACUGUCACCUGGCCACCUCUUGGAUGCGUGUGCUUGAAUCUAUAGUACGCAAUCUGACUUUGGGCAUUACCAAGGCGCAUUCGGACUUCCGUUUGUUCCUCUCCUCCAUGCCGACGCAAUCGUUUCCCAUCAGUGUGCUGCAGAACUCCGUGAAGAUAACAAAUGAGCCACCCAAAGGCAUAAAGGCGAAUGUUCUUGGCGCCCUAGGUGAUCUGAGGAGCGAGUUUUUCGAGGAGCACAUCCAGAAUGGCAACUGGCGUGCGAUUGUCUUUGGACUGUGUAUGUUCCAUGCUGUGCUCCUCGAGCGUCGGAAAUUUGGACCACUUGGCUGGAAUAUCACGUACGAGUUCAGUGAGAGCGACCGCGACUGUGGCCUGAAAACACUGGACUUUUUCAUCAAUCGCGAGGUGCUUGGCGAUAUACCGUGGGAGGCCAUACUCUAUAUUAAUGGUGACAUCACCUGGGGAGGUCGCGUCACUGACUAUUGGGAUCUGCGCUGCCUGCGAACAAUAUUAACCAUAUUCUCAUCAGAGCGCAUCAUACAGCCGGAUUAUAGGUAUUGUCGUGGCGAUACCUACUAUAAAGAUCCGCGGGCCACGACACUGACCGAAUAUGCCAAAUUUGUACAAGGUUUUCCCGUGCUCGAGGAUCCCGAGAUCUUUGGCAUGAAUCAAAAUGCCAACAUUGUGUUCCAAACGAAGGAGACCCAAUUCUUUAUCAAUACAUUGCUGCUGGGCCAGCCGCGCUCCUCGGCCGAUGAAGGUCAGGCGGUGGAGAAUGAUCUCUGCCAGCAGAUAAUCGUCCGAAUACAGAAGGCCCUCAGUAAUAAGAUACAACGUGAGCCUAUCCACGACACACUCAGUGUGCUGGACAACAAGGGUCAGAUGCCAUCGUUGACCACUGUUUUGGUGCAGGAGAUCGAUCGCUUCAACAUUGCGCUGUCCAUUAUCCAUGACAGCCUGAGCAAUCUGUCUAAGGCCAUCAAGGGUCUGGUUGUCAUGUCCGAGGAUCUGGAGCUGAUCUUCCGUUCGCUGCUAGCUAGCCAGGUGCCAGCGAUGUGGGCCAAGCGCAGUUUCCUGUCAACCAAACCGCUGUCCAACUACAUUGUUGACUUUCAGCGCCGCAUCGAUUUCAUUCAGCAGUGGGCAGAGAAUGGCGCACCGCGCUCCUACUGGAUAAGUGGCUUCUUCUUUCCCCAAUCCUUCCUCACCGGCAUACUGCAGACAUAUGCGCGACGUCGUGUCCUGCCCAUCGAUUCGCUCAAGAUCGAUUUCCAGGUCAUCGAACUGGAGCUGGUGCAGCAGGAUUUCUUUGAGCUGCACAAUGCUCACGCUAAUGAUGCACGCCUCUAUGGUAAUCUGCCGGAGUGCACCGAUGCUUUGAUCAAUGUCCAUGGCAUCUUUGUGGAGGCCGCUCGCUGGGAUCUGAGCCAAGGUGGCUUGUGCGAUGCCCGCUUUGGUGAGCUAUAUACACGCAUGCCCGUCAUACGCUUCAUGCCCUGCCUGGAGGUGAGCGAUACGUUGCGCUACGAGGCGCCCCUCUACAAGACACAGCAGCGUUCCGGCGUGCUCUCCACCACAGGCCACUCGACCAACUUUGUACUAUCCAUAUUGUUACGCAGCAAGAGCGAUCCAGAGUUUUGGAUUAUGCGCGGCACCGCACUCGUCUGUGCCGUCAUGGAGAACGUCUCCUAGGAAUGGAAAAGUUAUAUAUACACCCACACACACACACACACACACAGACACAGAUACACACACACACACACAUAUGUAUAUAUAUGUUAUUAUAUAUGCUGCAUGUAACAAGGUGUCUUUAUUUCGUACAAUUCGUUUCAAAUGUGUUCUCUUCGCGGGCUCUCUUUGAGGCAUGACCCAUCAAAUACAAUCAAUAUAUGUU